UUGAUGGUGCUGCGUGAUGUCCACAAACUAUUGCAGCUUGAAGCUGUGAACAAAAGCAGCGAAUAUGUGAGAGGAUCGUAUGAAUACCAUCACUACGGCCAGGGAAUCUCUGACCACGGGUGGGGCUGCGCCUACAGGUCCUGCCAGACUAUCUUCUCAUGGUACGCUCUGAAGGGGUUCCGAGCUAGAGACGAGAAACGGGUCCCGUCCAUACGAGAGAUGCAAGAGGUGCUGGUUAAGAUGGGCGACAAACCUUGCAAGUUUCUCGGAAGUUCAGACUGGAUAGGAUCAGUCGAGAUUUCCAUCCUCCUCGACUACUUCUACUCCGCUCCCUGCAGAAUCAUCCACAGGAGGAAUGACGAGCCGUGGGACCCCAGCAUUACGAGAUCUAUCAUGUCGCACUUCGCCGCAGUAGGGAGCCCAAUCAUGCUCGGUGGUCAGGGAGGAGGAGCAAGGACAGUGUUGGGUAUCUGUAUCUCAGAAGCGGAGGAUGCGCAAGUUCCGAGGUGUCUGCUCCUUGAUCCGCACUACUCAGGAGAGGACGAGAUAGCAAGCCUGUCAAGGCAUUCGUCGAGGGUUUGUGCAUGGAGCACCUUCGAUUCUAUUUGUCGGCAGUACGGAAGUUUUACCAACUUGUGUCUCCCUCUCUUGCCCGUUGGAGUGCCAGGAGUUUUGGACGAUGCCCCUGGGCAUGAUGACAAUUCUGAGUGGGAGAUGGAGGUUGUGGAUGUAGGAUGA